CCAAAGUGAAACCAAGGCUUGAGAAGACAAGUUCUUCGAAGAAGGACAAUACAAAAUUAUAUCCAGCAUUUAGUGCGUAAAUAGAAAGAGAAAAAUGAGUCUACCGUCCAAGCAGACGAUCUCUGGGUCAAUGCGGAGCGAAGAUUUGAACCAGAAUCCCCAGACAAGCAAAGUCCUAGCAUAUUCAAAAUUGAUUCUCGAGUCUGAAUACGGACUCCAACUUCGACUCGGUCAACCUGACUAUCACAAGCAAUCCUGCAACUUUCUUGAAGUCCAAACGGUUGAGGUAGAGCAGAAUAGGUGGAUAUGCCACCUCUGGGAUCAUGACAUCGCUGUUCGAGACCAACUCAGCAAAGUAGUAAGGAGUAUCCUGGUUGUCAAGGAGGUCGUCAGUACGGCUGCACGUGCAAGUUUGCCUGCUUCGAUUGCCUGUGCUGGCAUAAUGGCGUGCUUUACAACCGCUCUCCUUAUCGAAAAUGUAAAUGCAAGACAGAGACACGAGGUGCUUUUAGAUGAAGUCGAGAAAAUUCAGCACAGUAUACACGAACACAACCUACGAGCAGCAACAUCGGUUCGAGACAUGAAGAUCAAAACGUUUCUUCAAAUACUCUACACUUGUCCCGACAAGGAUAGAGAAGACAUAAACAACAGACGAGUUCCUGGAACAUACGAGUGGUUCACAGCCAUCCUACGUCCCAGGCCUGGAGGGAGAGUUCAGACCCUGACAACGCUGGUCUACUAUGGGUCUCAGCCGAUGCAGUUUCCCGGACCAGAGAAGUGUAUCCAGCGCACUGGCAGCUAUCUUACGCCAAGUUUCAUUGCACAGCUCGAGCUCUUCAAAGAUCACAUCCUGGACAAGCUGGAGACUGAUGGAGAGAACAUUGCUUUCUACCGUCAGCUUUUGACAUAUCGAGCGUUGCCUAUAUUACCAUUGCAGAAAUUAGAUGCUAUUGGGCGUGGAGAGGCACCCACCGGUGAGACGCUGAGCUGCUAUUCGACAUGA